AAAGAUGUUGCUUAAUCUUGGUCUCUAACAACAUUAUAUCCAGGGAAGUGCGUUUAGUAGAUUCCAUGGGGCGGAUUAUAUCUCUCUCUGCACAGAAGAAUACGGACCGGGGACUGAAUUAUCCGUCACUUGAUAAUCUGUCUUCUUCAGAACGAUGGACAGCUCUCUGGAAUUUUCUCGACAAAAGGAAGAUCUAGUCCGCACCGUAAGGAGCCUUCAGGUAGCUUCGCAGAACACUCUUCAAAAAACCGUCCCUCUUCUUUCUUCUCAUCCUGGGCUUGGCCUCUUGAAGCCUUCACAUGUACAACAACUCUCCAAAAAGACCACUCAAGUCUGCCGAGACCUUGAAGAUGUGGGCAACCUGAUCUUAUUUCGCCAGGAUGAACUUACUCAAAAAAUAUCGGUGCCUGGGAAAGGAGGUGUGUCGUCCCUUCACUGGUGUUCAGAUGGAACCCUCUACGUAGGUGGAGAUAACGGUCCUUAUAUACAUUUGCUGAAUAGUCAUGGGAAGCCCACCCAGACCUUCCAUUGCUAUGAUGACGUUCCCUUUUUUCCAGACUCUGCUACCGUGACUCGUUUCGGUGCUCUAGCAGUCACCGACAUAGCUGAGGGCAUAGUCCGAAUUUACAGUCCAAAUUCACAUCCACCUUGGAUUAAGGUGGGCGGCCAUUUCAAAUCUCCAAAGGGUAUUGCCAUGGACUCCUCUGGACGAAUCUUAGUUGCAGAAUACACCUCCGGGGAAGUGCAAGCUUUCCACAUGGACCGAGCCCAUCGCAUCCACGGAGUCAAAAAAGUCUCAGGACUCCAAGGACCCCAGUAUAUUUGCUCUACACCAGAUGGUGGCUUUGCGGUUAGCGAAGAGUGUAGAGACGUCAAGUUAUUUACAUCAAACUUAAAAUUAGCUGGGUCCCUUUCCGAAACUUACCGGCAUGAAUUUGGAAACCCGUCAGGAAUAUGCUCCGAUCCUGAAGGCAAUGUUUUAGUAGCCGAUGUCCAGAAAAGAAACAUCACCCUCUUUCCACCCAAUGGGUCGCCCAUUUGCAUUGUCUCCCAGGGUCUUUCUGAACCAGUGGGAAUAGCAUGUUCCCCUUUUGGGCUCUUGUAUGUGGGCGACACUGGUGAUAAUUGUGUAAAGGUUUUCAAAUAUCGCGCAAAACCGUACUACACUCCCACUAGCCCUCGUAGAUCGGGAGAAGCCCCCUCUUAGAUGCCAACGUACCAUAUAUACAUUGGAGAUUGACUAUUGGGGGAAUAGCAUAUCUCUUCACCAGGGAUCCCAUGGGGCCAGGUAGUGUUGGUAUAUGAAAGAUCACCUAAUUAAAAAAAAAAAAAACAGCAACUA